CCAACGCUCUACUCUAUAUACUAGUUCUAUAAGACGACCCAUUCCUUUUUAGUCUUUGUAGAUCUCAUUCAGUACCUACAGAAGUGUCUAAGAAACACGAAAUCUCCAUCACGAUAUAUAAAUGAACUCAAAGGUCAUGGAUAGGCAACUACGAAUUCACCAUCAUGUGAUGACGCCUUUUAAAGAACGAUGGACGCGUAUAUACAGAAGAAAAGACGGAGCUAAAAGUUAUUGCAACAAGCGUGAUUUUUACUUCCACGAGAUAUGCACUAAUAUUCCCAAAAGUUUUAAGGCUGAACUUUUUCUUAGGACCAAUAUCAUUCCGAGAUGUUGUGCAUGUGGACAGAAGAUCAGGGACAUGAUCAAUAGUUAUGGAUGUCAAAUGUGUGAUUUAAACCUCCAUUUGGAGUGUGUCAGGUACCCACCACAAGAAGUUAUUGAUGUGCCCCAGAACCAUGGCCACAAACUCAAGUUAGAGAUGGUGCAAAGCUGCUUCACCUGCGCUACUUGCAAAAAAGAUGGCAAUGGAUAUUCGUACAAAUGUCAUGUAUGCAAUUUAACAUUCCAUGUGAACUGUGGAAAAUACGAGGCAGAGGUGGAAGUACUACCCAUUCAUGAGCAUUCAAUGAGACCUUUGAGAGAUGGGAGGAUGGGUGACUGUUGUGGAAUCAAAUUCGAAACUAUAAGUGAUGGCUACUAUUGCACUGAAUGUGAUUAUUUCUCCCACAAGGCAUGCAGCAACCCCGCUAAAGAGAUCAAAUACCCUUCUCACAAGUGCAACAUCACUCUUGUUCUUACAAGCAGCAAUAAUACUUCUAGAAAAGAAUUGAAAUGUGAUUUUUGUCAAGAGAAGAUCGUGGAUGGUAUCAAAUUUUACUAUUGUCGCUCUUGUUGUCUAAGGUUCCAUUUGGAUUGUGUCAAAUACCCACCACCGCACGUCAUUGAUGUUCCUCAGAACCAUGAUCGUAAACUCAAGCUAGAGAUGAAGCCACGCCACUUCACAUGCUCUGCUUGUGGAAAAGAUGGUGAUGGAUACUCUUACAAUUGUUCUGAGUGUUUUAUGACAUUCCAUGCGAGUUGUAAAAAGUAUGCUGCAGAGGUAACUCACCCUUCCCACUCCUUACAUUCUCUAAAACUCUUUAACGGUGAACCACCCGCUCAUUCCAAUGGGAAAUGUCGUUUGUGUGGAAAAGGGAUUGUUGACGAAGCUUUUUACCAUUGUUCCUCAUGUAACUUUACCUUAGAUUUACGUUGUGUUCUGAACCCACCACCACUGUAUCUUCGAGACCUAAACAUCCAUGACCAUAGACUUACCCUUAUGCCGAAAAUGAUCUCUUUCACUUGCACCACUUGCGGUCUUUAUGGAAAUCGAAGCCCUUACGUGUGUCUUCCAUGCGAUUUCACUUCCCACAAUGACUGCUCUGGAUUCCCGUGGGUCAUAAACAUCAACCGGCACGAUCACCGUGUUUCUCGUGUUUCUCUUCUUGGUGUUGUGGAUUCCGUAUGUGGAGUUUGUCAAAAGAAAACAGAUUGGACUUGUGGGGGUUACUCUUGUCAGAGAUGUCCUAAAUCUGUGUUUCAUACCAAAUGUGCGACUAGAAAAGAUGUAUCCGACGGAGAAGAGAUGAAAGGCAAACCUGAAGAGGAUGAAGCUAUUGAACCAUUCGAGGUGAUAGAUGAAGACGUAAUACAACAUUUCUGCCAUACGAAGCACAACCUUGUACUUGACACUCAUGGUUACUCUGUUGAAGGCAAGAUUUGCUCGGCAUGUGCUUAUCCUAUCUAUCACCCUCCCUUCUACGAAUGUAUGCUAUGUAAUUUUCAGCUCCACGAGAGUUGUGCUAACUUGCCUACACGGAAACGACAUAUGGUAAGCAAUAAGCCGUAUAUUCUAUCUCAAAUUCGCUACAAUUGUUCUAAAUGUGAGGCAUGUGGGGUAUGUUUCAAUGGCUUCAAAUACUACUCUGGUGAACAUGUAUUAGAUGCGCAAUGUGCUUCAGUUUCCGAGCCCUUUGUACAUAAAAGCCAUCCUCAUCCCUUAUUUUACACGUCACCACGAGGAGUCUGCAGUGCAUGUAACGAAGAUGCAUCUCAUGUGCUUAGAUGCGUUGAAGAUAGUUGUGAGUACGUGUUGGAUUUCAAGUGUGUUCGAUUACCAUAUGUGGUGAAGCAUAGAGUCGACGAUCACUUUCUUUCAUUAUGUUACGGUGAAAAGCAGAGUAGUGGUAAAUAUUGGUGUGAUAUCUGUGAGAAAGAAACAGAUCCAAGUAAAUGGUUUUACACGUGUGAAGAUUGUGGGACAGCUUUGCAUAUCGAUUGUGUGCUCGGAGAUUUCCGAGGUCUCGAGCCAGAAAGAGACGUGACAGAGUUGCUCAUUGAAGACAUACGUUCUAUGACAGUUCGUAACAAUAGUAUGUCUCGACCACUUUGCAACCAAUGUAAGUGUCGUUGCAUAUCUCCUGUCAUCUUGAAAGUCUACGCUGGCUAUUAUUUCGAUGAAAUUCCUAGUGUCUAUUAUUAUUGCUCUAUGAAAUGCUUUGACAAAAAGUACCUCGGUACUCACAGGUAUACACUUAGUGCUUUCUUGCUUAAAGAUCCUAAACUUUUGUAA